AUGGAAGAAACAAUUCAUGAAAAAAUGAUUGUUAUGAAUCCAACAUCAUUCUCUUAUACAUCGAAUAUUGUGCAGAAGUUCGAAGAAUUUUCGCGUCAAUGCAAAAUUUGUGGAGCUCCUGCUUUACAUAAUUAUUAUGGUGUCCUUUCAUGUUCACCAUGUAAAAUGUUUUUCAAACGAAAUGCUUUAACAGGACAAAAACGCUUUGAAUGUGUUUUUUCUGGUCAAUGUGAUGUUAAUAUUAAUAAUCGUCGUAUAUGUUCUUCUUGUCGACUUGCUAAAUGCUUUACAAGUGGCAUGCGAUCUACUUUAAUUCGAUGUUCCUUAUUGAAAAACAUUAAAUCAAAACAAAAACAGGAUAAAAUGUUGAAAUCCAUUGCCAAAACAUCGAAUAUUUUGCAAACGAUACAAGAACAAAACCAACCACACCGUUUACCAACAUUAAACCUUUUACAAUCAGAUAAUUCAACAUUGAAUGCCAAUCAAUGGACACUUCUAUCAAAUUUAUUUCAUAGUUAUGAUGAAAGUAAACUUCUUUUGAUUGCUCAACAAUUGAUGAACGAAAACAAUCUUGGCAAAUCUAUGAAAUCUAUUGAUUCAACACUUCCAACACAAUUUUUCAUGAAAGCUUAUGAAACAACAGGAGACUAUUUCAACUCUAAUAAUGAUCUUCGUAGGUUAUCAUUGGAUAAUUGUUAUACAUUUCUUCGUAAUGCUGCUGAAAGUAUCAAUUGCCUAGGUACAAUAUUUAGUUGGAGACGAUCACAAGUUUACAAAUGUAAACAUUUUGUAAAUGCUUGUAUAGAUCUUUAUGGACAAGCUUCCGUAGAUAUGAUUGAACAUAUAUUAAAAUAUCUUGAUUCAGAUAUUGUCAUCAUUAAACUAGCAUUAUCAUUAUUUACUUUCUCAAAUAAUAUUACAAUAUUUUCUUCUAUUACAACAAUAAAUUCAAUAAACACACUUGACAUUCUUCAUAUUCAAAAUACUUAUGCUGAAGUAACAUGGAAAUAUAUACUAUAUAAAUAUGGAUUUUAUCAAUCUAUUCAACGAUUUAUGAAUCUUAUUCAAUGUCUUUUGGCUGCAACGAAUGCUUUAUAUAAAGCACAUGAUAUCGAGAAACAUGAGAAUGAUAUUGAAUUACUUGUUGAAAAUAUUGAAUUAGAACUUCUUUUAGAUGAUAUUGAACACAUCAAUUAA